CUAAUAAACAAACCCAAAAACUUUGGGUUCACAAAAACGUAGAAUGAAUGAAUAACAUCAAAUCACCGGAGAAACAAAACUCAACCUCGAUCAUCAUCAUCAUCUCCGUCACAAAAUCGUCAGAAUCACAAGUAGAAAAAUGGCGAGAGAAGUAUCAGAGAGCUGUAUGGACAGUUUACUCACUGAAAUAGUUUCAUCAUACUGCAAUGUUCUCUACGCUACGAAGCCGGAACUUGCCGCUCGGAGAAUUGAAGCAAUCGGUUAUCAGGUCGGUCAUCAGUUAUCCGAAAGGUACACCAUGGAACGACCACGGUUUAGUGAUCACCUGGAGGCAAUCAAGUUCAUCUGUAAAGAUUUCUGGUCUGAGCUCUUCAAGAAGCAGAUAGACAAUUUAAAGACUAAUCAUAGGGGUACAUUUGUUUUGCAAGAUGAUAAAUUUGCAUGGCUUUCACGCAUGUCGGGGGAGCCAUCCACAGAGACUCGGGGUUCAGCUACAGAGGCUGGAAACAAAGCUGCAGAAACAACUGGCAUGCAUCUUUACUUCCCUUGUGGGAUAAUAAGGGGAGCUCUUUCAAACAUGGGCAUUCCUUGUGCUGUUUCUGCAGAUAUAUCCAAUCUUCCUGCUUGUUCGUUUGUGAUCCGGAUAAAGGUGUAGCAAACAUCAUCCUUUCCUGGGCUGCAAACCAAGCACUGUAUUUUCAUUUUUCAAUACUACAGCAAUGUAAGUAACCAAGUACGUAAUUGUUGACAGUUGAAAUCAAUCAACAAGACUUCUAGAUGGUCGGAAAUGAGUGAUAUCUUAUUAUUAUAUAAAAAAGGGGACCAUUUGAUUAUUUUUGUCUAUGUGCAAUCUGCUCGGGAGUGAGAUCGACUUACAUAGCUAUUAGUUAUAUUAGAAAGAACAGUUAACACACCAGCUUAGUGCCUUUUAUAGAUCUUGUAGAGUUGUAUUGCACUUAAUAUCAUUUGUAGCGUAGUUCUUCAACUAUACCGUUCAAAGCAAAGCAAAGUAAACCAGCCGGUUCGGCCAGUUUGAGAUUUA